AAAAAUACUAGGCAUAGAAGCCAACAGUAUACGUAUAGGAAACAUUCCAUAAACAAUUCCACAAAGAUACACUCUCAAUUGAACCAACUUCUACCCAACCCACCCGUUAUGAGCCCUCACGCCGCCCCCGCAAUAGCAAUCCAAGACGCCGGAGCCUCAAGCCACAUAGGCUCCCGGCAAGCCCAACAAGACAAAUACACCCUCCUCCUCCCGCCCGAUUUCCCGACUAAAUCCCCGGACGAAUUGGCCUUCUUCGCUGUUUACGAUGGACAUGGGUCAAGCAUGGUAUCCUCGCACGCAAAUGAGAAUAUCCGACGGUUCUUGCAGGAAAGCGAGGAGCUUGGGGCGGGUCGGUACGAGGAGGCUAUUAGGGAGGUUAUUUUGAGGGAGGAGAGGGCGUUAUUAGAGGGUUUUAGCGGGGGAGAGGAGAAAUUUUCGACGACGGGAUCCACGGCUGCGAUGGCUUUGGUUAAUUUGACGAGGGGGUUUAUGGUGGUUGGGAAUUUGGGGGAUUCGGGGGUUUUGAUUGGGGAUUAUGACUAUUCUGGGAAUGGGUUGGAUGAGGGUGAAGAGGCAGGGAAUAUUCGUUGCUCGACGAAGGCGCAUAAACCUGGUGACUCUAGUGAGAAGGCCCGGAUUGUGGAUGCAGGGGGUAGGGUUAAUACGGAUAGUGGGAGUGAGAGGAUAGGUACUUUGAAUAUGUCCCGGGCGCUUGGUGACUUGCAGUAUAAGGAGCCCCUUAUCAAUUCAGGGACAGGGCCGCUUAAUGAAGCGCAGGAGAGAGCUUGCAUUUCAUCGUCUAUUGAACAACAGAAUCUGUUAUCCAACGAGCCAUUCGUGACUCAAGUCAACCUGAACGACGGUAGCCAACAUGUUGUGGUCUUGGCCACUGAUGGCGUGACUGACGCCCUCACGGACGAUGCUAUAAUAAAUGGGAUAUUAAUGUGUUAUCGCUCUGGGUUGAGUGCAACAGAGUCCUCGGAAGAUAUGGCUGGCACGGCUGCAAGUUUGCCUGGUAGUGAUAAUGCUACUUGUAUCGCGGUGUUUAUUGAUGGCACCUCAUGAGUUGUGCUAAACUUUUCUGAAUGAAGGAUAUAGCCGAGUUUGAUUUAUAUGCAAUGCAGCUAACGAUUUCCAAGAUAGAAGAAU